UUGUAAAUACUUUUAGUCAAAGUGUCCCAUCAUUCAAACAACGGAUCUUUUAGGCGUAAUUGAGGUCUCUAAUGGAGGUGCACCACUGGCGAACUAAACGCAUCACAAUACAUGGUUUCGUGCCUUUUGUCCUCGGGGAUCCCCACGGACAGCACUAAACACCCGUCGCACAGAAGCAGCCUCUGAAACGUCCCGCAGACACACAAUGACACUUGUUUGUCCUGUGCAACUGGCGGAGAUUUUAGGAACCAGAGUGCCAAAGCGCGCAUGCGCUGGCGGACGGGUGGGCUGCUACCCGAAGGAUGAAGGAGGGUUGUCAGCGGAUCACUCUCAGUCUAUUAAUGCAGAAUCCUAACUACGGACCGGUGAUGUAUUGACAGCGUAUGUCUACACUAUUUGGAAACCAGGUGUUAACUAGUCUUCCUAAAACUUUUACUAAAAAGUCACUGGACUCAUGUGGAAUUUGAAAACUUAUCUGAAUGAUAAGAAAUAAAUUUCGUGGAAAAAAACACAUUCCGGGAUCGAGUGUUUGGAUUAUUAAUCAAGUCAGUGUUGGUUUCUUCAUAUCUCCAGGGAAGAUAUUUGAGAAGUGUAUUUUCUGGCGACAUGGGCAGCCAUUCUUCCGCAGUGGAGGAAAUCCGUUUAGAGUUGGAUUGAUGCAAAGUUUGUCCUGGAGGUUUCUCACGGGAAUAUGGGCUUUUGUAAACCUAUGAUUUGUUUGCAGCAACGCGCACCUCAUAUGGCCUUCAUGAGUUUUAAUAUGUCUUAAUUUGACUAAGCCUGAGACACAGCUACUGGAAAUUUGGCGACGAAAAGCGGAUACUUGACAGGAGCCAUUCUGAUCUAUUGAAUUAACUUGGGAAUUUCUCUGUCCAAUGACAUUUUUCAAGUCGUUAGCUUGGAUCCUUUUUGCCAUCUCUCCCCGUUUUCUUAGUUACAUUUACGGAUUCGAUCACUCAGAUCUAAAGCAAACAGAAAGUAGGUACUUUUGUAACACAGGUUGUGUCUGAAGCGCGCGAGAGAGCAUGCGGGGAUGCACGGGAUUCCCGAUGGCCGUCGCGGUGGUGUUGACUCUUUUAACUAUCAUUAACGUGAAAGCGAGUGGGGAAUAUUGUCACGGUUUCCACGACUCUCAGGCCGCCUGGCGAGACGGCUUUCAGUGCCCGGAGCGCUACGACAGCGCAGGAACCAUCAUCUGCUGCGGGAAAUGCGACCUCCGGUACUGCUGCUCCAGCACAGAAGCCCGACUGGACCAGGGAACAUGUGAUAAUGAUAAGCAGGCACAAGAUACCAACACCGGAGAAAAGGACAACAAAAACUCAGGCGCGGUACCCAUCUAUGUUCCCUUCCUCAUCGUUGGCUCAGUCUUUGUGGCGUUUGUAUUGGUGGGCUCUGUGGUUGCAGUGUGCUGCUGUCGCUGUCUACGCCCCAAACAUGAACCUUCUUCAGGCAGCGGAUCAGGAGGUGGGUCCAGCAGUGCCCGUGUUCUAGAGACGAUCCCUAUGAUGGCCAGCACAGGCACAUCACGAGGUUCCUCCUCCCGCCAGUCAAGCACCGCCACCUCCUCCAGCUCCUCGGCUCCUCCCUCCGCGCACCGCCCCGCACCUGCCCCCAUGCUACGUGCCCAGGCCUCUUGCUGCCUGCCCCCAGAUGCCAGCGUCUACGUCAACAUGCCCACCAACUUCUCCGUACUCAAUUGCCAACAAGCGACUCAGAUUCUUCCUCACCAGGGGCAGUACUUACAUCCUCAAUACAUUGGCUUUGCCCACCCGGUUUCUCAUGCCCAGGCUUUCCUGGAUCCCGCUCAGGUGGGCUACCGACCCUUGCAGUCGCCAUUCCCACCACCGACUAGUGUAGCCAGCGUCUCCAGCAUAACUGGCGAACAAAAAUACCCUCCAGUAACCAUGUGAGUGGGUUAAUGGUGCGAGUAUUAUGGGAUGCUUGACCACAGGAGCAUAAUAGCCACAAUGAGCAACGGUUGGAAAACAGCUGAAAUUGAAGUCACAAGAGAAACACACAACAAUGGAUCUGUUCAGAGCAGUGGAGUGUCAUGCCUGCUGUUGGUGGAAUGUGUUUUUCGAAAGUAUGCGGAAAACACAUGAUGUUUAAUAAACAAAGUGUGAGGAGCACGUGCAAAUAAUCCACACAGCCAAUUCCUCAUCAGCAAUCACACCACCCGUCCUAUCAGCUCGAGAGCGAGCUCUAUAAAUAGUUAACAGCCUUACCUCCAUCCUCUCUACAUUCUCGCAGCCACCCCGACUCCUCACCAUCACCACGUUCACCUCAGUAAACCCGGGGGGGAGCGCUCUGGGAUCAGCCAAAUACUGAGCUCGGAGCCCUGUCCCCAGACAGCACACCAAAUACACAUACCAUCCAUCCAGCUUUAUUUAUCUGCUAAGGCGAACUGGUGAAACUGCCUUCACUUUAAAGGCUGAAUAUACACAUGCAUUCUUUCCCAAUUGUGUUGUACUACUACACAAAUAAGUUGUUGUUUCUGUGACAUUAAGGACACAUAUUUCAGGGCAUGUGCAAUGUGCCUUGAGACGUGCUUAUGGUAAUGCACUAUGAAUGUGUGAGCCUGUAAAUGCUUGUGCUGGUGUAAAUGAAGCGUUUGUGUAUAUGCAGUAUUGUGUAACCAAGUGAACAUGUGUGCUCUGUGCGUGAUUGUAUAGGUGUGUCGCUUUAUGAGAUGCAGUACAUGUGUGUAGUGUAGUAGAUGUUGUGUGUUAUGGAAAUCACAGGUGCUUUAAUGGGAAAAGCAGUUCUGGCUCCCCGUCGAAUGCUUAAAAUGUAAUGAAGUGAACACAGGCGGAAACACACUCACACACAUACACACUCGCAUACCGGGAAACUCUUUCUGUGGAACUGAACUCAUUUUCAAAAGCCUUAAAGAGAAAAUACACAAAUAUGAAAGAGCCGUGUUUGAAACAUGUUUAGGAAAAGGAUGGGUGUGUGUGAAAGUGGAGUCAACUGUGUUUCUUUGUGUAACCUUCUAAAAGCGGCAGAGUCAAUUACGCACUAAAAACUGUCUGCCAACUGUUCUCCUUCACUAAGUCUCUGCCUUGUGAAAGACAUGUGUGUGUGCUACCAUUCCCUCUGUUAGCAUAAGGUACACUCAAGAAGUAGUGGAGGGUUCCAGGACAUUUCAAUUUGGAGGGUUUCUUUCAGCGCCUUAAAAAGGCGACAGUCUAGCGAGGAUGGAAAUUCGAGUUCCACAAAUGAAGCAUGCAUCACCAUUAGAAUGAUCCAGAUCUUUUUUUUUUUUUUUAGAGUUAAGGAUGCGAUGGAAAGUUAUUAGCGGAGACGUGUUUCGUGCCACUGAAAUGUUCAUGCAACAAGUGUCACAAAAUAACAAAACAGAUGGUCACCUCCCCUCCAAACUUAAGACAUUGGGUGAACCAAUAUUGCUGUGUCUGGCUGGUCGGGAUACACAAACAAACAGUGAUGUUUUGAUAGCGCCAAAGAGCUACACUGUUUACACUUUUGGGGGAAAAGCAACAUACAGAUGGCUUGUUUAUAGCUGCAUGUUGAACAGGGAUAGACACAAAUAUUUAAGCUUUUAAAAAACUACUCACUACAGAUUUGAAAGAGUAACAUAAUCUAACAUUAUGAUAUGUUUCGACAAGGAUGUUUUAACUCUGUCAGUGAGCAACUUCACAUGCAUGUCACACACCCAUUUCUGUGUAUGAUAUAAAUCUGGGGUAAAACCGAAUGUGAGGUUGAAUGUGACUUUCCCCCUUAAAACAGGGUGCCAUGUUUCUUUUACAUGUGAAAUUUAUAAGUUUAUAAUAAAUGUUUUAGAAACUGUGAA